UUUCAUGAACAUAAAUUUCUUGAUCAUCAUUUGUCAAAAUUUCCAGAAAAAGGUCCUGUCCGACAUUUCAUGGAGCUGAUUUUGGUAGGUCUUUCUAAAAACCCUCAUAUGACAAUCAAAGAAAAAAUUAGUCACAUUGAUUGGUUCGAAGACUAUUUUAAAAAUAACAAAAGUUUAUUUUGA